AAGUUGGCAUAGGAUUGUGUGUAGGAUGAACUGGUGUGGUGGUUAAGUCUUUCAAUUUUGUUAUUCGCAAUCUGCUGGUCAUGGCCAAGCUUCUCACUAGGGAGUUGGGAUGUGAAUUUGAGACCAAUUCAACCAUAGAGUGGAGCUAUGGGUUUGUCUAUGUAAAAGUUAAGGGAUUUCCCACUUCUGCGACUUUCCUCUCGGAGUCUCGGACCUCUCCUCUAAUUCUCUGUCACACUCACACUCUUCACUCUCACUCUUGCUCAAACUCAGCCCUCAUCUCCAGAUUCUCCACAGCCCACUGUGAAUCGGACCAAUCGGUUUGGUGCUUCCCUUCACUCCUUCAGCAGCUCAGCUCUCAGCUCUCACCGACUCUGCUACUCACCGUGCCUACUCUACUCUCUCAGUCGACUCACCUUCACAGAAUCACAGCAAUACCCUUCAACUCUCGACAUCUCACGGACAGACGGACUCACUUACGGUGCCAUCGGCCCAUCACUACAGCCCUUACCCUUGCUGCCCUGCAACUCACCGCUCACCUCCAGCUGAGCUCCAAGGCUGCUGCUGGGUCGGCUCAGCCAGCCUCUCACCGUGGCACCCUACCAUCAGCCCGUCACUGCAAGUCAGCACCGCUCACCUCCACCUCCAGCUCCUCCAAGGCUAGGUCGUCCUCUUUCUCUUUCGGUUGUCGCGUGGCUUCCUCCUCUGCAGCUUUGCCUCAGAUUCUUUUCAAACUCUCCUCCAACUCUAGUGCUAGUAUUAUACCGAGUGCUGCUGCCACACCAACUUCAUCCUCGACUAUGGUUCCUCUUCCUCUUACAUUAGAAAGUGGUACUGGUGAAGAUAAAAAAGAUGAUCAAGGACAUAAGCGGCCACUUACUUCUGAAGCAUGGAACCAUUAUCGGAGGCAAAAAAUUAAUGGUCAUUGGAAAGCCAUUUGUGUCUAUUGCAAUAAACAUCUUGGAGGUGAGACCAAGAAUGGGACAAGCCAUUUGCGUGAUCACACUCGGGUCUGUCCAUUGAAAUCUGUUUCUGACAUAAGGCAGACAUUUUUGAGAGCUUCAAAGAAUCAAGAAGGAAAAACAGAACUUGGGCAUGGACUUUUCAAUCAAGAGAUGGCUAGAAGGGAGCUUGCAUAUAUGAUUACUGCGCAUGAGUUACCUCUAUCAAUUGUUGAUCAUAUUUUCUUUAGAAGGUUUGUUGCUGCUCUCCAACCAAGGUUCAAGUAUGUUUCGAGAAACACAAUCAAGAAAGAUAUUAUGGGCAUCUAUCGUAAUGAAAAGGCUAAAACAAUGAAGUUGUUGGAGGUCAAUCAAAGUAGAAUUGCCAUCACAACUGACAUGUGGACUUCAAAUAAUCAAAAGAGAGGUUUUAUGGUCAUCACAGCACAUUAUAUUGACAAUUCAUGGAUGUUGCAAAAUCGAAUUAUCAGUUUUCAAUAUGUGCCUUGUCCACAUACUUCUGAGGAAAAGUAUCUGAUGAUUCGUUAUGGGUAGAAGGAACCUUGAUACAUAUGCGUUGUUCUGCCCAUAUCUUAAACUUAAUUGUCAAAGAUGGGUUGGAGGUAAUUGUUGAUGAAAUUGAGAAGGUUAGAGAUAGUGUUGCUUUUUGGACAGCAACACCAAAAAGAGAGGAGAAAUUUGAAGAGACGGCUAAACAAUUGAAAAUUGUUUUUUCAAAGAAAUUAAAUCUUGAUUG